AUGAACAGGUGUCAGUUUAGAUUGCAAAUAUGUCAGCUUCACACAAGAUUCUGUGAUGUAAAUUUUGAUAAAUUAAAAUGUGGUAACUUAUCUAGGCACGAACGUACUCAUACAGGGGAGAGACCCUAUCAUUGUGAUAUCUGUGGUAAAUCAUUCUCUCGAAGUAGUCACAUUAUUGUGCGCAAACGUAGUCAUACAGGAGAGAAACCAUAUUGUGAUAUCUGUGGUAAACCGUUCUCUCAAAGAAUUCUUGUAACUGAACACAAACUUUUGAUCUGCUGCUUCUUUGACCAUUUCAUGCAUUCCCUUUCCAUGGUAACAUCAGACAACAUUGACAUAACAGAAGAAACAUCCUCAAUAUCUACCAAGUUUUAA